CGCCGCCCGCCGCCUCCUGCCGCGCGCCCCCGGCAGCGCCGGCCCCAUGCCCGCCGGCCGCCCGGGCCCCGCCGCCCAAUCCGCGCGGCGGCCGCCGCCGCUGCUGCCCCUACUGCUACUCUGCGUCCUCGGGGCGCCGAGAGCCGGAUCAGGAGCCCACACGGCUGUCAUCAGCCCCCAGGACCCCACGCUCCUCAUCGGCUCCUCCCUGCAGGCCACAUGCUCAGUGCACGGGGACCCGUCAGGCGCCACAGCUGAGGGCCUCUACUGGACCCUCAACGGACGCCGCCUAGCCCCCGAGCUUUCCCGUGUGCUCAACGCCUCCACCCUGGCCCUCGCCCUGGCCAACCUCAACGGAUCCAGGCAGCAGUCAGGCGACAACCUCGUGUGCCACGCUCGUGACGGCAGCAUCCUGGCUGGCUCCUGUCUCUAUGUUGGCUUGCCCCCAGAGAAACCCUUCAACAUCAGCUGCUGGUCCAAGAACAUGAAGGACCUGACAUGCCGCUGGACGCCGGGAGCCCAUGGGGAAACCUUCCUCCACACCAACUACUCUCUCAAGUACAAGCUGAGGUGGUACGGGCAGGACAACACGUGUGAGGAGUACCACACGGUAGGACCUCAUUCCUGCCACAUCCCCAAGGACCUGGCUCUCUUUACGCCCUAUGAGAUCUGGGUAGAGGCCACCAACCGGCUGGGCUCGGCCCGCUCCGAUGUGCUCACCCUGGACAUCCUGGAUGUGGUGACCACCGACCCCCCACCCGAUGUGCACGUGAGCCGAGUUGGGGGCCUGGAGGACCAGCUGAGCGUACGCUGGGUUUCCCCGCCGGCCCUCAAGGACUUCCUCUUCCAAGCCAAGUACCAAAUCCGCUACCGAGUGGAGGACAGCGUGGAUUGGAAGGUGGUGGACGAUGUGAGCAACCAGACCUCCUGCCGCCUGGCCGGCCUGAAGCCAGGCACAGUCUACUUCGUGCAAGUGCGCUGCAAUCCGUUUGGCAUCUACGGCUCCAAGAAGGCAGGGAUCUGGAGCGAGUGGAGCCACCCCACGGCCGCCUCCACCCCUCGCAGUGAGCGCCCGGGCCCGGGCGGCGGGGCGUGCGAGCCGCGGGGCGGCGAGCCGAGCUCGGGGCCGGUGCGGCGCGAGCUCAAGCAGUUCCUGGGCUGGCUCAAGAAGCACGCGUACUGCUCGAACCUGAGCUUCCGCCUCUACGACCAGUGGCGAGCCUGGAUGCAGAAGUCACACAAGACCCGCAACCAGGACGAGGGGAUCCUGCCCUCGGGCAGACGGGGCACGACGAGAGGUCCUGCCAGAUAAGCUCUAGGGACUGGGGCCACCCUCCCUGCUGCGUGGAGACCUGGGGGCUGCACCCAGACUGGGGGCUAACUCUGUACCCUCACCUCAGGGCACCGAGCACCCUCAGCAGGAGCUGGGGUGGGUGUUCUGAGGGUCACAACAUCCUUGACCUCCAUGUGAGGCCACUCUUGGGUGCAACUCCAGUGGGGGUGUGUGUGAGGAUUGGCUAAGCUGCCCAGAACCCCUGCCAGGGCUGGGGGUGAAGAGGGGUCAUUAUUCCCCCACCCCCACCUCAUCCAGGACCCCUGCAAAGAAUCUUUUUAAAUAAACAAGCUAUUUAGGUGC